AAAAAAUGAGAAGAUGAGAAGAGAGAGGGAGAGAGAGAUGAAGAAAGGUGGAGAGAGGGGAAGUGAGAUAUUCGACAUUCUGUUUUACGUUGGUCACUUCGUGCUUUGCCCCUGUGUAUUGCCCCUUCCCCUCUAUUCUUGUUUUCUAAACUAUCUUCCAUCACAAUACGUUGUAUCCCCACGACGUGAUGACAUCAUCGAAUUGUCUCCGAAACAAAUAUAUACCCGUGCCCCUAGAUACACCAAUAACAACAGGCUUUAUCCCUGAAACUCUGCCCUGCAUAUAUCCUUAUUACCACUUCGUAUCGAUUUGAGCCGUAAGUAUAGCGGUACAGUCAGCACCCCUUUGGUCAAACGCCAAUAGAUCGCGUCAACCACUUGGCUAUUGUCAUGUAAAGCAAGUAGCUAAGGGGGUUGGCAUCGCUUGAAUAGCCCUCCUGAUUUCCACAAUAGGGGAGCUUUUACGUUUCGGUUUGUGCUCCUCUUUUAACUAUAGGGGGUAAAAGAGGACGGUAACAUAAACAACAAAAGAAAAAAAAAGAAAGUUCGUAAGGUGCAUUGAAAGUGGUAUAUCCGACGCCAUCUUGUUCAAAUACUUCCACUCUGGAUUUAUACGUGAGGAUUAAUACCAAUGCUUGCAAUUGCGAGUCGCUUAAUCAUCCGGCAGUAAGGUUAGCGGAUGACUCGUGUAUCAUGUAGUGACGUGCAUCCUGCCCUCUCUUCAGAGAUGACGGACGGACUCGACAACGAGAAAGGAGACAUUACAAUGAACAAUGGCCAGUCUAACACUACGAGAGGGCGCUGUUUUAAGGUGGCCAUCACGGUGUUUCCCGCCAUUGUAUGGGUCUUAUACCUCUGCGGCGGUGCCUGGAUGUUUAGCAGCAUCGAAGGACCGCAGCUCAUGCUUCAGAGACAGGCGGAAAGGGACUACUUCGCAAAUAUUGUCAUUGAGGCAUGGGAGAGGGGAAGGAGAUGCAACAUUAGCGGAGAAUCUUACUCGGUAGUGAAUGGAACGAACAAAACUGACUGCCAAAUAGCCGACCUCGCCGACACCAUCGUAUUCGAAAUUCACCAGGAUAAGGGCCUCGAGUGGAGUUUCCUUGGAGGCCUUCAUUUCUGUCUCACUGUUGUUUCAACAAUUGGUUAUGGCAUCCUAGUUCCUCGAACUCACACUGGACGUCUCUUGUGUCUCCUGUACGCUAUCAUCGGUAUUCCCCUCAAUAUCACUCUUAUAGGAUGGGUGGGGCGAGGGAUUGUCUGUGUCGUUACGAAAACCUACCAAUCGCUCCACAAUCUGCGUAUGUCGUGCCAAGAAAAACGCGGAAGACGCGUCGAUGUCCGUCCACCGCGCUCUGUUAGUACCUUAAGCAUCAUUGGUCCCAAUCGGAUCAACGCCGCAAAUCAGAGUAACCAUAACAAAGAGAUGACAAAGAACAAACGAGACUCCAGUUUUAUCAAUGGAGCCAUAGAGCAAUCUGACUCCGAUACGGAUAUGCAGGUACAUGGUGGUAACAACCAAUUUGCGUUUAGACCGAGGCAAAACGGCUUAUUGCUGGCGCCCAACCAUUCAGCGGUAAAGCAAAGUGGGGGUAAUAAAACGGAAAGUUCUGGAGGAGGGGAUACAGAAAAUGAGUGGGAACAUCCGUCAAAGGAACAGGUCACCCACGAUUCACAGAUGCGAGAUAUUAUCAACGGAUCGGUAAACCAUGGUGAUCAUGGAUACAACAGGAGUGACACAACCAUUGUAGGUGUAGAAGAAGAUGGUCCCAUUGUAUCGGACAACGAAAUAAACGAGAACAACAGCAAUAUCAACUCCAGUGAUUGCAACAGUUCUUCAGGAACCAACGGUGCAAGUGUACCUAUAUGGUUUGUUGUGCUGUUCUUCGCAGCGUACCUUUGCCUGACUACUCUCUUGAUCUAUUAUUCUAACUUUGUGCCAGAGGGCUGGUCUCUCAUUGAUUCUUUCUAUUUCGAUAUCAUCACCAUCUCGACGGUAGGGUUUGGGGACAUGUUUUAUUACACGAGAGGCCAAACCUUGACACAGGAGCAGAAGACAUCCGCCACCCUGGUGUCCAUCACCAUGAUGAUCCUUGGUAUGUUGAUGCUCUCUGCAUUUCUCUCAUUCGCCGUGGAAUCUUUCACGCUCAACAAUGCAAAACGAUGGUUCGAUGACGUGUUUGUUAAAUGCUGGGAGAGACUGUUCUGCAGGAAGAGGAAAAGGAAAAGGGACAAACCAGCUCGCUGACAUCAAGAUAUAUUGCCUCUUAAAAGGACAACACCCGCCAAAAUUUUGCCACAACGUGUGCCUGUAGUUUUAAUUAGCAAUCGUCAGAAGUGAAACAAAUUUAGUUUCGUAGCGUUAAGUUUAAAGUGUUAUUCAAACUAUUCACAUCUGUAAAAUGUUGCAUGUUCCCUACACUCAACCUUCUCAUGCAUCAGUUGAAAGAAGAAGUACAUCAAGCUUGUGAGCUCUAAAGGAGCUUGUGAAAAUUAUGAAGCCAAAAUAGUAGUCGAUAAUUCAAUAAGGCAUGGAACAUGGUCGAUGUGUAGAAAGAAAUAUUAAGAGUUCAUUUUAUUUUGACCAAGUUCCGAUGUCAAUGGUAUAAAAUCAACAUUUAGGAGAAUUACGCGUUGUUCUUCAGUGUAAAUUGAAGGUUUAUCAAAAUGAUUUUUUUGCUGACUUACUCUUUUAAUCCAACGUCACUGUCACGUGAUUGCUAUAAAUUUUACAAAUCAUACGAACUUCCGAUGGAAUUACGUACAAUUGGAGUUGGGGGAUAUUGGAAGACCUGUUGAUGCUAUUAGAAUCUAGUACAAUUGUUUAUAUUAUAUUGAUGUUAUAACUCUCCGAAUCCCUCAAUUCCAAAGUUUAUGUAAACAUUCGCUAAAGUAGACAAAUAUUCUGAUUACUAUAGCAAGAUGUUUAAUUAUUUAUACCUAGAGUGUGUACAGCCUUGGUCCGAAAUAUGUGGAUCUGAGGCAAACGAAAUCUUCAAACUUCAACAGCCUGUAUAAGGCAUUGUCUAGAAUGAGUUUUAAAUAAAACUCCUUUAGGUAAUCGUCUAACAUGACAAAUUGCGAAGCGAGAUCAAAUAUGUUUGAUUGAGAAAACCGAAUGCUUUAGAAGUUGAUAACUAUAAUAACAAUAGUCAGUUCUUGUACAGCGAAUAUUACAUUAUGAAUAACGUCUCUAUGCGCUUCUAAAGGACUUGGAUAUUAUUUUUCCCGGCUGUAGCUCAAGCAGCUUUCCAGCGCUCGGCAUUUCAAGGAAUAAAUUCCUGCGAGGUACCCAUUCACCUCCGGGUAAAUGUCACAUGUACAAUACAUGUAAUCCCUGCAAUAAUUAACCACGAGAUCACGACACAUUAUUGGAUUAUACGGGUCAUGUUUAUCUGGUUCUUUGAUGGUAGCAACCAAAUGAAGCCUUUUAAAGAUUACGGAUGAUGCACGUGGAAACGUAAAAACGGGAGAAAGCUUGUACACACUAACAGAUAUUAAAAGUUUUCUCCAUACUUUGCUAUACUAAUAGAAAUAUAUGAAUUUCGUCCCUCUGUAAGCAUGCCCAAACACCAGCUUGCACCACAAAGAAUGCAGAGUUGCAUGUUCGCUAUGUGAUACAGCGUUUAAAAGUGCAAAUUUGCACCUUCCCUAUUGGUUACAACUGUGCACCAUAACAUGGCGCUACAUGUAACUAAAAAGUUUGCAGAGUUGCGCUCCAAACGGAACUCCGGGUAUUGUAUUGCGGGGGGGGGGGCAAAAAUAUACACUUUUCUUAAUUUUUAGUGCUAACUUCACGUUCAAUUGCUUCGACAAUAUCGUGUGCAAUUACCUCGUACAAUAUUAAUAAACGAUAAAUGUACAAGUUUCAUACAAUAUGGGACGUAUAUGAAGAACUGUUUUGUAAGAAAUUCUUUUAAUUGCGAUCAGUCGUAUAAAAAUAAAUGUAAAGAGUAUGGUGGAUCUGAAGGGGCAUCGCAAAUAGACCAAAUCAAGAAUUACACGAGGAAAUUCACGGCAUCGUAAAUUUCCUCACCAAUUUCUUCGCGAAUUAUUCACGACGAAAGUCGCGAAUGUCAUCGUGAAUCUGUUUUGCUUGGGCGGUCCUAGUAUAAGCGCUAGAAGACGACUGUGAUUUCGAGUCGAACACGUGCAUAUUGGCAUGGGCUUGGCACUGAAGAAACGAGACAUAUCGAUCUAAGCCUACCGGUAGUCUUCAACAACUUACUUAGAAUUAGAUAGCGUAGGCGAUGGCAGCCUUAGAUCUAACAAAUCUACAUACUUAUUCCACUUUGUACAAAACGAUCAAAUUUAAAGUUAAAACCUACCACUUUCACAGAAAGCGUCGUUAAAAGUCUCGGCAAGAGUUCCGUAUGCGCGUGCCG